CAGAAAAACGAUCUCUUGCAACACAUGGCUGCUGCGUGUCGGCAAAAAUGGAGCCGAAGAAAUUGGUGGAAAAAGCGAGAAUCUUCUUCAAUAGAAGAAAACAAUUACUUAUCCCAGGACUUGAAGCUUUUGCAGCCUAAACCAGAACCCCAGUGGCCAUCCACUUUACUGGACACCAAUAGCAUCUUACUGGAUCCAGAGAAGACUUUGGAAGAAACGAAGCAGUUUCUUCAAAGAACGGUUGUUAGUGGUAAGAAGUGGAGCGUGUCUCUGAAAGAUGAGCAGGAUUUUGCUCGUCCACCUUUAAAUGGGAUUAACCAUUGGCGUUUUGGGAAAGACAAGCUAUCUGGACUGAUGGAGAAAAACAAUAUAACCGUUCCCCCAGACUGCACUACAAAAGUAGUCGGAUUCAAGAUGGUGGACGGCAAAAAACAUUUAGUUCUCAGAGUCAUUCCUUCAGACAAGCGAGAUGAUGUUGAGUUCAGAUCAAACACUGUGAAAGCAGCCAAUCAAUCUUUGGUUGAGCAAAACGACACUGUUAAUGCUUCAGGAAACUGUUCUCAGGGGACUCCGGAAAGAAUUUUAUCCCCGGGACGAUGUGCAACUCAACAUAACAUUUCAUCUUCAGUGAAUAAGAGAUGUAAUAGCCAACAAAAAGAUGCCUGCGAUAACCAGGGCUGCAAUACAUCCAGUAAUCUCCAAAAUAAUCCAGUCAGAAAGAUCAAAACAACCAAUCUACGAUCCUGCGAUGAGAUAAAUACUCAUGCAAAACAUCUGAAACAGCCUCUGAGUGGGUCAAAGGAAAACUCUAAUGAUGAUCUGAGCUCUGAUGCGGGAUCUGCGCGCCUCGCAUCGCAUCCAAACCCAGAUUUCUGCUCCACUUUUGGGUUUGAUUGCGUUAGUCCAUCUCCUCUGAAUAACCUGAGCGAGUCUUUGUGUGGUUUUCAAAGUGCAGAUGGAGGAUUGUUAUUCCACUGCGAAAGCACAAACAACUGCGACCCCAGAGAUGCUGCUGUGUUCCCGGUGGGUCAGUAUGACUGCGAGAGGGAGAAUCUGUGUGUUUCAGAGCUGAUUCAGACGGUGGAGGAGCUGCCAUUGACUACAGUCAGACAUUUACUUGAUGAGUCUUCAAAUCAGACGGUGCAGGAGCCGCCUUUGACUACAGUCAGACACUUACUGGAUGAAUCUUCAAGUUCUGAUGACCCACAGAGAGGCGCAACAUGCACUGGAGGAGCAAUCCAGCGAUGCGAGCCAGAAAACACCAGCAUCAUCUUCUCUGAGGAUUCAGACUCGUCCACAACUGUUCCUGGAUCAGCCGCCAGCUCCAUUUCAUCACUAAACAGAAAGCGCAUGGGAGAAAAAUCCUCAACAGACUCCCAACAACAACCCGUCAGUAAAUCCCAAAAGCCGUCCGCUCUCCAUUGGGAACCAGCGUCUCGAGACACUCCGACAACCCUUCGACUGAUUCCCUUUAAUUCCACACAAUCCCUUAAAGUCCCUGCUGAAAACCAACCCGUUAUAGUCCUCAACCAUCCAGAUUCUGAUAUCCCCGAAGUGACGAACAUCAUGAGAGUCGUGCACAAACACAAAACUGCCAUCCAGCGUGUGGUUUUGUCUCGUAAAACUCUCCGCGCGCUUUCGGAGUUUAAUUGCAGUGCGUUCAUUUCCACUAAUCUCAUCAGCAAUUAUCACUAUAGGAGGGAAUGGCCAAAUAAGAGCGUUAAGGAAAGAUUCAGCUUGAAACUGAGACUCAAAAGAGUGCGUGGAAGAAAGUAUACCGUGGUGCCAACGCUAUCAGAAAGCGUUGUUCUGCAGCCAACGUUCACAUGCUGGUUUUGCGGGCGUGUUUUCAGGAAUCAAGAAGCUUGGGUUGGACACGGACAGAGACAUCUGACUGAAGCCACCAGAGGCUGGAAGCAGAUCUUUAACACAUAGGAGAUCUGAAUCGGAGAAUUAGACGUUUAUAAAAAGCAGUGAGAGCUAAAAUCAGGGUUACUAUGCUAAUCUCAGGGCGAGAAAUGAGCAAAUGUGAGGGUUUGUGUUUCAAUGCUGCAGAAAAAGGUCUCGUGUCUAGUCCAAAUAUCUAAAAACUCUUAAAUAAAGCAGCAUUUUCCACACAAGCAAUUGAUAUUGUGUUGUUUUCAGGAGUAAUCAGUCUAAAUGAAGUGAGUUUUGCAAUAAAAUGAGCAAAAUAAUCUGCCAUUAGGGUAAGCUAAAUAAUCAUAUGUCAAAGAGAAAAGAAGAUUAUUUUACUCGUCCCUUUGGCUGAUUAUUUAGCUUGUUU